CCCACGUCAAACUUUUGGUCCUCGAUCCUCGAAACUCGCUUUAGCUCUGUCCCCUGAAAUACCUACCACCACACACACAUCACCAGCCAUGUCAGACAACGAGCUUGAUGCUGAGCUCCUCGCUCUUGCCGGCGACGAUAGCUCCGACGACGAAAGAACAGACAACAGAGCCGCACAGCGCUCAUCUCCCUUCGAGCAUGCCGCUCAGUCCUCAGAGCCCGACCGCUCUCCACCCCGUCGCGGUGUCGCGCAAAAGCCAAAGGGCCGUUCAUCUGCUGCUGCAACACGAAGACGAAGAAAGGAUGACUCUGAAGAAGAAGGUGAAGCCUCUCCCGCUUCAUCUCCUCGGUCACUAGGCUCCGCUGCCAUGGACGAAUCCGACUCGGAAGAUGGCGCCGACUUCGACCAGGACGCUCCCCUGUACCCCAUCGAGGGCAAGUUCCGCUCAGAAGCCGAUCGCGCUGAAGUCAUGGGUAUGACCGAGAUCCGACGAGAGGAAAUUCUCGCAGAACGUGCUGCAGAAGUCGAGAGAAGGGUCCAGGAUCUACAACUCAAGAAGAUCCUCCAGCAACGCAAGCGAGAGCAAGCCGGUGCUGAUAAGAGAAAGCGCAAGGCCGCUGCCGCCGACUUGGACGAUGAGGACCAGCGAAAGAGCAGUAGACCAAAGGUCAAGGCGAGCGGGCCUCUGGAAGCAUACAAGAGAGAACGAGAGAUGAAGGGCCAGCAACGAAACCGCGAGGACGACCGCAGAAGAGACCGCUCUCCUUCAAGGGACGACGGAGAUUCGGACAGAGAUGCCGAUGGAGACAGUGAGGUUGAGUGGGACGAGAAGCCUCGAGCUGCAGCUUCUCGCGAGGAAGCUCCUGCGACACUGCGCGACUACGAGCGUGCUCGCAUCGGACGUACCAACUUCGCCAAAGUCUGUUUCUACCCGACUUUUGAAGCCAGCCUCAAGGGCUGCUACACUCGUGUCAGCAUUGGCGUUAAUCGCGAGACUGGAGCACCGCAGUAUCGCAUGGCUCAGAUCAAGAGUUUCGCUACCGGCAAACCUUACCAGAUGGAAGGUUUAAAUGGCAAGCCUUUCGUUACCGACCAGUACGCAGUUGUCGCCCACGGCAAGGCCGAGAAAGAAUGGCCCUUCGUCGCAUGCUCCGACGGAAGCUUUACCGAGAUCGAAUUCGAACGUUACAAGACCGCCCUGUCCUCUGACAACUUGCGCCUGCCUUCUAAGAAAGUGCUGGUCGCCAAGCUCGACGAUAUCCACUCCCUCCUCGAAUACCAAUGGACCGAUGAAGACAUCCAAAGAAAGAUCAACCGCACAAAUGCCCUACAAGCCAAAUUCGCAGACUACGGCCGCGAAAAGAUCAAGAAGCGUCGCGAGGAAGCAGCAUCCCGUGGCGACGACACUACAGUCGCUAGAUGUGAUGCCGAACUCGCAUCCAUGAGCUCCGGCGGCUCCUCGAAAGCCCAAGCAGCAGCCAAUGCAGCAAAGCAGAAUGGCAAACUCGCACAACAAGAACGUCUCGCAGCACUCAACCGCGCCAAUCGCAAGGCCAACAGUGAAGAUGUGCGCAAGGCACAAUUGGCUGAGAAAAGAGUUAUCCAGAAGGCCAGAGAGGAGGCAGCAGCAAAGGCACGUCGUGAAGCCGAAGCCGCAAAGGCGAAGCUCCUCUCAGUACCUGACGAUCUCUUCGGCGAUGCCAGCGAUAUCAGCAGGACUGGCACACCCGCAAACGGAACAGCCAGCGCUGGCAACGUUACACCGCUCCCCGACAAGAUGAAGAAGACGACGUUGGGCGGCUUCAAGAAGAAGGCAAGAGAUGAAGACAUCAUUGCCGACAUGGACUUGGGCAUUGACAUUGACAUCUGAGAGAAUUCAGCAAUAUCUACAAGUGCCGAAAAGCAGUACGGCAUCGGAACUAGUCUAAUCAUCCAUCCAUCCCUGCACGACUUUUCCUGUCCAUAGAUCUGAAGAACGAAGUCAUGAAAACAAAAAACAAUGCAUAUCAAUCGACUCAAGUCAUAUUUCAAGUCUCUCUUUCCUCCAUCUAUUACCUAUGAUCAUCCCUUCUCCGUCUCUCCUACCGAUUUGUACUCCACACAUGCUCUCUCAUUUAUUUACUACGCAUCAUGCCUUCUCCAUCCCUGACUCUUCAUUACGCUUCUUUAUGCUCUUCACGACUAAAGACAAACUUGUAUGUGGUAUCACCCUGUUCCUGGUCAUACAGCAGCGAUAUUACCUUCCGCGUAACCACUAUACUACUCAAACAUGUUGUG